GUUGCUCUCUCUCUGUUCAGUAUAGUCAUCAGGUUGAGGGGUAGAAGGGGGAAUGCAUGGCAGAGACUGAGGGUCUUACUGAGUGUGGGAGAUGAGAGUGUGAGGGGUUUUUAGGAAGAAGAGUGUGAGGGGAUUACAGGAAGACGAGUGUGGGGCAAGAGAGUGUGUGUAUAUGUGAGUGAGGGUAGUGUGUUUGUGUGUGUGUGAGUGAGUGUCCGUGGGGGUGAGCUGCUCGCGUGUCACAUUCCAGCUUCCAGGGAUCGACCCCUGUCUACCGGGAGACGGACCUGGAAAAAUGUGAAAAAUCAUUAUUGGAAAACUGUGAUUGUAAAACCUCUGUAAACCUGUAUCUCUCUGUGACUUUGAUAUGUUGCUGGUCUCGCUCGGAAAAUACUAAUCUGUUGAAGGAGGGAUUCUCUCUACUCUCCACUUCCUCUGUUUCUGCUGCUGGGUCUCUGGGCUUUGGAUAUUGGUUUCACUGGUGCCGCACUUACCACGGCUCAAAAACAGGACGGGAGGAGAAAAAAGAAGAGGGCAGAUGAAGAAAGGAGAACAUGAAAUGUAAAAAAUGUUUCAAUGGAAUGGAUUAAUAAUCUGGAUCAUGGAUGUCAGCCUUCAAGGAUUGUUUCACUGACAGUCAACUAAACUCAGUCUGCGUUCCAGAGGUGGGACCAACCAAGUCAUUGUUUUACAAGUCACAAACUCGUCAGACAGACCCACCAUCAUCCAGAGUCAUCAGUGUUUGAGACGGGGUUCGUCGCUUGCUCAAUGUUUUUGGACACUUUUAUCUAACAUGUGGCUAACGAGGAGAUACCAGGAUAGGGACAUUUCUCAGACUUUCUGGUAAAUCAUGCAAUAAUUAUGAGAUCAAUUAAAAUGAUCUUACUUUGUCACUCACUACUCUCCUUCCCUCCCUCUCUCCCUCCCCCCAUAUUUGAAGCCUACAGUGACAGAGAAGACUGCUGUGCUGUUCUCAGCUGAGGAAAGGAGAGAAUUCAGUUCAGACUUUAUGGAAGGGGGUAGCCAGAAGACCUGAUGAUGCCCUAAGGGUUCAAAUUUUGUUUCCAUAAAACCAUAUAGGAUUAAAGACCAGAGUCAGCCGAGUCUGACUUAUAGACAGAAGAUACUAGCCUAGACCAGAGAGGCCAAAGACACAGUUAGUGGCAUCAUCAUGAAUGCCCCGCCCACAGGAAGUCCCAGCCCAAAUAUGGAGGUGAAGGUGGUCUCCCAGGAGAUGGCGUUGUUUAGCAACGCCCUGGCGGCCUACACCUUCAUAGCAGACCAGCCGGAGCGAGCAGCUCUUGUGUUUGUUAGUGGUGUGUGUGUGGGUCUCCUUCUCACCCUCUGUGCCCUGGUGGUGCAGAUACACUGUCGCACCGACUGUCACUACAGUAACCGACGGCGACAUCACCAUCAGCAUAGAAACAGGACUCACCACCAUCACCAUGGGGACCAUCACUGUCACCACCACCACCAACCUGGCAACCCUAACACAGGCAACCCUGGCGUAACCACGGAGACGAGUGAAGAAAGCGACUCAGAGGACUGGGACGACAGGAACUCUGACCUUACGGCUCGACGACGAAGGCGAUUUGAGAGAACGCUGCUGCAAACCAGCGUUUUCACCUCCGCAGAAGAGUUGGAGCGAGCUCAGAGGGUUGAGGAGCGAGAGAGGAUCAUGCGAGAGAUCUGGAUGAAUGGACAGCCUGAUGUCAACACUGUCACACGCAGCCUCAACAGAUACUACUAACAGGAAUGGAGAAAGAGAGGAAGAGAGAGAGACAAAGAGAGUGAUGGAUACACAUAAGGAUGGAAGAAGAGAAAAAGAAAGGAUAGGGAAAUGAUGCAAUUUUAGACAAUGUCGCAUUGGGUGCGUGAAGCCUACAAAUCAAAUAUUAUUGGACACAUAGACAUAUUUAGCAGAUGUUAUUGCGGGUGUAGCGAAAUGCUUGUGUUCAGUAGUUGUGGAUAGAGACAAAUGGGAAUGGAUGAGGGAGAGGACAAUGACCUCCAUCCAGUCCCUCUGACACUGGGCACAGAACCAUGAGGUUUAGGGUGUGUCUGGCGCAGUGAUGUAGUGGUAAAGAAAUAGGUGGGUACACGCUUGAUUGCCUUCGCAGUGAGUGAAGUAACGUUCCUUAUACUUUCAAUGCAUUUUCCACAAAAAUUGUGCAAACAUAAAAAAGGUGUGUGAGCAGCUUUUACGUGCAUUUACCCUCCACUACACCACUGGUCUGACAUGACACCAGGCUUACGCCAAUCUAAGGCUCUUGGAAGCUGUGAUGGGGAGGGAGAAAGUGCACACUUCACACUAGAGGAAAGAAGUAGGUCAUGAGAAUGCAGCAGCCUAAUCGUUGCCCAGGGUGGUUCCUCUGGAGUCAGCCCCCGCCCGAGACCUGAGGUGGAUGUUGUCAUCAACCUGUGUGUAAACUGUGACCUUCCUGACGCCAUCACCGUUGACAGCGGCCCACGUUUAGCCAGGAAAUCUCUGUUUUCCUGGCUAAACGUUCUGUUUUUUGUCCUUCGUUCCAGACAGGUGCUGACUUACACAGCACAGUUCACUACAAGGACAAGGACCGCAGAGAAGACCUGUGAACUGGAAUGACAUGUUUUUGCCUUCACUCAAUCUUAAUGUGUAUUUAAUUGAUUCACUGUUGUACUUUGUGGAUUCAUUCCUUUUUAUAAAAUAGCAACACUUUCUUAGUUUGUCUCAGGGACGCUUUGAAAGGUUGUCGUUGGGGAAAUGUUUGCAUUUUGAAGAUGAUGCAACAAUCCUUCCUUAGGGAGACGGUGACUAUAAAACUGCGUCAGUUUGGUUUGUCAGCAGGAGUGUGCAUUCGUUAGGUAAUUAGCACGGCCGUGUGCCUUAAACGUAGUCACGGCAGACAGAGGCACUGCUCCAAUUCAGUCAGCUCCUGAACAGUGCCCUUCAGACAACAAGUGCAAUACAGUCCCCGUACAGCCCUAAAAGAAGCCACCACCAUAUUGCUAACACCUAUCUUUUCCCUUCAGAUGUGAAACACUGAAGAGGUAGCUAGAGUCUCUACAAUACGUGUUGCUUUUGGAGUGAAGCUGGGUGGUGGAACACUAUGAUGUUUUUAAUCGGGUAAAUGGCGCAACACAACAGUGUUAUUAUCUCUGCAGUGUUUCUGGGUGUUUCCCCUAGCUUGUCGUCUAUAUUUGAAAAGCUGUCUGUGACGUGAAAAGUCUGUCUGAGAGAGAGGUUCUGUAUGCAUCCUUCCUUCCGCUCUUCCUUGAGGGAAUCGCAGGUCUGAGAGAGGUGUCUAGGUGAAAACAGUCUCGUUCUCACUUAUCCAGUCCAUACAGAUCAGUGAUUUCCUCAAGGAAGGGAGAAAAGACAGGAAAUAAAUAUUGCAUUGAAGGAUACUUUCAUUUAGUACUCAAACAGGGACAGUGAAUGACUGAGACUAACACACAGACCUUUUAUUGAAUAAUAAAACCCUUUGGAAACAAA